GCCAAUAAAUGUUACUGUAGUGUUCAGCAAUGAAGUCUGAACUGUUGCUGUGGUUUUGUUGUAAACGUAGGGGUUGAUCUAACGACGCAGCGAAAGCUAGCGUGUAAGAAAGAAGGGGGAGGUGGCAGGAGUUCCUAGUUACACGGGAAGGGGAGCUAUAGAGAUGGGAGCCAGCGUGUAGAAAGCUUGCCCGCUAAAAGAGCUGGAACAAUAUUUUUGGUACGUAGCCAGGGUUCGGGAUGUUGCGGUGGAUCCGACAGCAGCUGGGGUUUGACCCACCACAUCAGAGUGACACCAGAACAGUAUAUGUCGCCAAUCAAUUUCCCCAGCACGGGCAUUACGUGCCUCAGAAAUUUGCAGACAACAGAAUAAUAUCUUCUAAAUACACUGUGUGGAAUUUCGUUCCAAAGAAUUUGUUUGAGCAGUUUAGGAGAAUUGCCAAUUUCUAUUUCCUUAUAAUAUUUCUUGUUCAGCUGAUGAUAGAUACCCCUACCAGCCCUGUCACCAGUGGACUUCCAUUAUUUUUUGUAAUAACAGUAACAGCUAUCAAACAGGGUUAUGAAGACUGGCUGCGACAUAAAGCUGACAAUGAGGUCAAUGGAGCUCCUGUAUAUGUUGUUCGGAGUGGUGGCCUUGUACAAACAAGAUCGAAAAAUAUAAGGGUGGGAGAUAUAGUAAGAGUAGCAAAAGAUGAAACCUUUCCUGCUGACUUAGUGUUCUUGUCAUCUGACAGAGAAGAUGGUACAUGCCACGUCACUACUGCUAGCUUGGAUGGCGAAACUAAUCUUAAGACUCAUUGUACAGUUCCAGAAACAAGAGUAUUACAGAAUGUAAGCAGUUUGGACACACUUUCAGCAGUUAUUGAAUGCCAGCAGCCUGAAGCAGACUUGUACAGGUUUGUUGGACGAAUGACUGUCAAUCAACAAAGUGAAGAAAUUGUGAGACCACUUAGACCAGAUAAUCUUCUUCUCCGAGGAGCAAGAUUGAAAAACACCAAAGAAAUAUUUGGUGUGGCUGUAUAUACUGGGAUGGAAAGCAAGAUGGCACUAAAUUACAAAUGUAAAUCACAAAAACGCUCAGCAGUAGAAAAGUCUAUGAAUACCUUCCUAAUAAUUUAUCUAAUCAUACUUCUUUGUGAAGCUGUAUUGAGUACCAUUUUGAAGUAUGCUUGGCAGUCUGAAGAAAAAUGGGAUGAACCAUUUUAUAACCAAAAAACAGAGCAGGAAAGAAAUAGCAGUAAGAUCCUGAAAUUUAUCUCAGAUUUCCUUGCUUUCUUGGUUCUUUACAAUUUCAUUAUUCCUAUUUCACUAUAUGUGACAGUGGAAAUGCAGAAAUUUCUUGGUUCAUUUUUCAUUGGCUGGGACCUCGACCUGUAUCAUGAAGAAACAGACCAGCGAGCUCAAGUAAAUACCUCUGACUUAAAUGAAGAAUUGGGGCAGGUGGAAUACAUCUUCACAGAUAAAACUGGUACUCUAACAGAAAAUGAGAUGCAGUUUAGGGAGUGUUCCAUUAAUGGCAUCAAAUACCAAGAGAUCAACAGCAGACUAGUCUCAGAGGGAAUGACUGCAGAUUUUCUUGAUGGAUCAAGACCAGGACUUACUCCUGAAGAAGAGUUGUUUCUGAAGGCAGUAUCGCUUUGCCAUACAGUACAGAUCAGUAAUGAUCAGAUAGAUGGCUAUGGAAAUGGUUCCUAUCAUGCUAAUGGAGUAUCAUACCAGAUGGAAUACUAUGCUGCUUCCCCAGAUGAGAAGGCUUUAGUAGAGGCUUCUAGAAGGAUUGGCGUUUCUUUUUCUGGGAUUAAUGGCGAAAUUUUAGAAGUUAAGGUCUUUGGCAAACCUGAGAGAUACAAACUUCUUCAUGUUCUAGAAUUUGAUGCCUGUCGUAGAAGAAUGAGUGUUAUUGUAGAAAGUCAGUCAGGAGAUAAGCUAUUGUUCACAAAAGGAGCAGAAUCUUCAAUUCUUCCUAAUACCAGAAGUGGUGAAAUAGAAAAAACAAGACUCCAUGUGGAUGAAUUUGCUUUGAAAGGGCUACGAACUCUGUGUGUAGCUUGCAGGCGAUUUACACCUGAAGAGUAUCAGGAAGUAGACAGACGUUUACAUGGUGCCCGGACAGCCUUGCAGCAAAGGGAGGAGCGUUUAGCAGAAGUUUUCAACUUUAUUGAAACAGACUUGGAACUUCUUGGUGCUACAGGAGUAGAAGACAGACUGCAAGAAAAAGUCCUGGAAACAAUAGAAGCACUUAGAGUGGCAGGAAUAAAAAUCUGGGUGUUGACAGGAGACAAACAUGAAACUGCUGUUAGUGUUAGCUUAUCGUGUGGGCAUUUUCAUAGAACUAUGAAUGUACUGGAACUUGUGCAGCAGAAGACAGACAAUGAUUGUGCAGAACAGCUAAGAAGACUUGCACGGAGGAUCAGAGAUGACCAUGUAAUCCAGCAUGGCUUAGUGGUAGAUGGAGCCAGCCUUUCACUUGCACUCAGGGAACAUGAGAAAUUAUUUAUGGAAGUGUGCAGAAACUGUAGUGCUGUGCUUUGUUGCCGUAUGGCACCUCUACAGAAGGCAAAAGUUGUUCGACUGUUAAAAACCUCUCCAGAGAAGCCCAUUACUUUAGCUGUUGGUGAUGGAGCAAAUGAUGUAAGCAUGAUACAGGAAGCUCAUGUUGGUAUAGGAAUCAUGGGCAAAGAAGGAAGACAAGCUGUAAGAAACAGUGACUAUGCAAUAGCACGAUUUAAAUACCUCUCCAGAUUGUUGCUGGUCCAUGGCCAUUUAUACUAUGUCAGAAUAGCAACACUUGUACAAUACUUUUUUUACAAGAAUGUGUGUUUUAUCACACCCCAGUUUUUAUAUCAGUUUUCCUGUUUAUUUUCACAACAGACACUUUAUGACAGUGUAUACUUGACUUUAUACAACAUCUGCUUCACUUCUUUACCCAUCUUGAUAUACAGCCUGUUUGAACAGCAUAUACAUCCUCAUGUACUACACACAAAGCCGACACUUUAUAGAGACAUUAGUAAAAAUGCUCGACUUGCCUUCAGACCGUUUUUGUACUGGACAGUAUUGGGCUUCUGUCAUGCAUUUAUUUUCUUUUUUGGUUCCUAUAUUUUAAUUGGAGAAGAUACAUCAUUAAUGGGAAAUGGACAGAUGUUUGGAAACUGGACAUUCGGCACCUUGGUCUUCACGGUUAUGGUCAUCACUGUUACGUUAAAGCUUUCCUUAGAGACACAUUUCUGGACAUGGAUGAAUCACUUUGUUACAUGGGGAUCCAUAGUAUUUUAUGUUGUCUUCUCACUUUUCUAUGGAGGAAUCAUAUGGCCAUUUCUGCACACCCAGGAUAUGUAUUUCGUUUUCGUUCAGCUCCUUUCAAGUGGUUCUGCUUGGUUUGCCAUUAUCAUCAUUGUUGUCACCUGUCUUUUUCCUGAUGUCUUGAAGAACAUACUGUUAAGACACUUGUGCCCCACAGCCACAGAGAAAGCACAGAUUUAUACCAGCAGAGCUGCUUUAGGGGACGACUUCAUCGCUCUGCAGCCACUGUCCAGGGCAAAGAAUCAGCUGGGCAAAAUUAGCUUGCUGAGACCACUGCCAGUAUCAGCUGCUUGGACUCCAUGUGUUGCUUCUCCAAUGGGGAGACAGCAUGUGCGCCUUUUGGGAGAAUGCUGGAGCGACUGAUGGGACGGUAUAGCCCGACCAGGGUCAGCAGGUCUUGGAGUGACACAGAUCCCAACUUUACAAAUGACAGAAGUGUCUUAACACUUUCAGCAAUGGACUCUUCACUUACUAGCACUUGUUAACAGGGAAAAUCUUCACUGUACAGAAACUGAAAUCUGGUACCUUUAUUUACAGAUUUCAUCAUUACUUUGUGCAACAAGCAGGCCUCAAUUGUUGUGCAUGAGAAAGCUGCACUGCUUUAUAGCAGAGAGUCUGGAAUGUUUUCUGCUGUUAAUGCUGAUAAAUUCUGUCAUGCUACAGAUGAAAGCAAAUUUCUUCAACUUUGUUUAUCAGAACCAUCUGGGCAUCACUUUUUUAUUGUUUACGUCUCUUUGGAACAUGGAUUCAGUAUGAAAUUUAUCAAAUGUGGAAAGGAAGAUGGACUCGAUACAUUAAGAUUACUCCUAAGAAAGGUGAUUUCUGCUCCUGUGGUGCAAUAGAUAACAUACUAUAGCCAUAUUCCUAACUAGGGAAACAUUUCUUUGGGGUAAACAAAGGAUCAACGAUAUGACGUGUAUCGAACUACAGCAGUAGUCUUAAUAAAAAUGUACUGAAGAAUAAUUAAUUGGAAGUGACUAGACUCUGUUAAAGGUAUACAGACCAUGAACUGCUAAAUUAAUGUUGUAAAUGCACUUAAAUAUCCAGGUUACAUUUCUACCUAAGCUGUAACCAGGUUACAUUUCUACCUUAUCCAUAAUGAAUUUUAUAAAGUGAUCUCAGCCUGCAGAACUGUGUUUCACUAAACAAAAUGUGGACACAUAAAUUGUUUUAAAAUUGAAUCAGUUGGGUACAGUAAACACUUAAGAAGUAACUUUCAUCUUAUUGGCCAGAAUGAACCCUGUAAAAGUUGACAGGAUCACUGAGUUUAUUACUUGAAGCAGUAUGAUUUUGAUGGAGCCAGAGCAGAUCAUCUAAUUGGUAUAACCACUGACAGCUCAUUGGGAUUCACCUGGGCUGUGUCAUGUGUCACUGGCAAGGUGUUUUAUGUUAUUGUCUUCACAACAGAUAUGACGGGCAUGGAUUGCAUUUGCAGCAUUUUAUUUCAACCCCCAUAACAUCUGUCACCAUACCCAGAAUAGGGAAUUUCCAAACAUUGUGUUGUAUACCUUAAUAAGGUAAAGAUGUUUGCAGACCCUAAAAUUCUGAUGGAUUAGCGUUACAGUUUCACAUGAAUUAUUCAAGGAGUUAUUCAUUAAUCUAUUUGUUGUCAGCGACAUGUUUACCUUGAGUUUUUUGUGGAGUAAGGAAUUGACUAAACUUUUUGUAGUUGCACAUUUUUAUCAAAAUGACUUCAGUUGUGAGGUCAUACCUGAACUGUGUUCUGCAUUUCAGCCUUAGAAAAGAUGCAACAAAAUGCAUGUAUUGCCAAUAGAUGCACAGGUGGAAGCUGACAGUAGCAUGAUUGCAACUGUUUGAUUUGAACUUGUUUUAAUCUGUAAAAUAACAGUGUUGUAAUUAUUUUUAAUAUGCUUAUUAUCGUAAUCCCACUGCAGAAAAGAUAAGUAUGGUCUGUACUAGAGGCAGUUUGAUGACAGGUGUCUAAAUGUGAGAUAUCACAAUGACUUUACAUGAAAAGCCAAGGAAAGUAAUCCUGUCCCUGACCGUUGUUAUAUAAUAUUUAUCAUUCUUUGCCACCAUAUUAAUAAUGAUUGUGGGUAUAUUCAAGUUUUUUCUCUUUCAUCCUAGUGAUUUUAUUUUACAUUUGAUUAAUUCGCCCAUUAUUAAAAGGGGAUCUUCCUCUGCCUUUGGAGAUGGCAUCAUAUAAAUCUGUGAAGACACAUUAUUAUUGAACUUAUUGUUAACAAUAUGACUUUCUGUGUAAUUUCAUUGUGGCUCAUGUAAUCAUUGUCAUUAACAUUUAUUA